AUGUCACAGCCGCCGCAGCAGCAUCAACAGCUGCUGCAUAUCAACCUGCUACCGGCGGAGAUCCUCCAUCACAUCUUUUCGGGCCUCGAGCCCCGCGACCUCGGACGUCUGCCCCGCACAUGUCGAUUCUUGCACUCCUACGUCAAGGGGAAUCAGAAACUUUGCAAGGACGUGUAUUUGAAUGCUCUUGACACACCUAAGCAGACUGGGUUGGAUUGGGAGAGGGAACUGCACGAUUUCGUGAGACUCGGUCUCGUUUGCGCUGGGGAUAGUUUCAACGAAAAGGUGGGAGAGAUUCCCUUGCCCCCUUUCACUAUCUCCCGCGACCUCCUCCCCUUCGUAUCCGACGUCGUCAACAGGCUGCUACAACAUGCCUCCCCGACAGGCGAGACGCAAAACGACACAGGCACCCACGCCGUCUCCCGCAACGCCGCCGCCCUAGCCAACUUCUUCCGCGACGAGCCCGCGCGGGUGGCUUUUCUGUGUCGCUCUCACAUCUUUGACCGCGCGCGUGGCGACGUAGCACGCCCGACAAGCAGCCGCCGCCGGCAGUCAUCGUCCCCGUCGGCGUCAUCCUCCUCUUCCUCCCGGCUGGCGGACCCAACCGCCGACGACAUCCACCAACAGAGCGCAAAGCUCCACUGCCUCUACGGCCGCCCCAUCUUCAACUUUGGCCGCACGCGGUCCUCGCGGGUAUACCCCUACGCCGCGUGCAAGGUCUACGACAUGCGACAGUACACGACGCGCACGAAAUGGGGGCCCUUUCGAGACGACGAUUCGGGGCGGGUGGACUGGGAAAAGAUGGAGGCCAUCAUGAUCGUGCUGGGGAGCAACAUCAGAUCGCAGCGUCUCACCGCAAAGGUAUUUUCCAACCUCUGGGAGAAGCCGUUUGCGGGCUCGUGGUCGGGGAGUUACGUGCCCUCACCGGGGAGAGGGAUCCGGGAUUUGGAUCUGGAGGACCCGUACGGCGUCGCGGGCACGUGGUUGAGGGUGGUUUGUUUCAUCGACUAUAACGAUUUCUUCCACUAUAAUUUCCCGAUUGGAGAGGAGCCGCCGCCGAUCGAGGUGCCGCGGCCGCCGCUGGACGUCGGGGAGGCGACGAGGAUUAUCUUGAUGAAGAUGUAUGUUGUUGAUGUGCAGCCGCCCGGGGAGGAGGAUGGGAAGGAGCUGCCUGUUGUGCACUUUCAUGGGUUGUCGCGGUCGGUUGAUGAUUCGUGGGAUGAGAAUGCGCAUUCGCAACUUCGUGCUACUGAAGGCACGGUUCGGAUGACCAAGGAGGGCGAGGUGAGGUGGACGACCUUCUCCGUUUUCAACGGCCACGCGCGGUGGCGGAGCGAGGGGAUACAGAUUGGCGGUGUUGGGUCGGCUCGCGGUGUCAUGGGACACUGGUUCGAUACAGACUACGACCCCCACGGCCCCUGCGGGCCCAGCGCCUACUUCAAGGUCUCGGACCGGGCGCCGGGCCCCAAGGACGGCGACGACAAGAAGAUUGACAUUCACGAUUUCCUGCCCAUCAUGGACUUUGACGCGGAGCUGGCUAGCAACGAGGACGACGACGAGGACUUUGUGGUCGGGGAGUGGGGGGAGGACGACGACGAUGACGGGGGCGAGAUUGAUGAUGAGGAGCUGGUGGAGGAUUUGGCGGCGUUGGCGGCGCCGGAUUCCGAGCUUAUGGAUCUUGUGCUUGGUGGGCAUCAUCUUAUAGAGCAGUGA